AUGUCUCUUACCCCAAACCUGAAACGUAACUCUGCUUUAAAGGAUCCAAAUUGGACAGCAGCAAUGAAUGAAGAAAUGAGCUCCAAAUGGGUGUUUCGAGUCAAACUUCACGCAGAUAGCUCAUUAGACAAGUACAAAGCCAGACUUGUUGCUCAAGGGUUCAAACAAGAAGAAGGCAUUGAUUACCUUGAGACCUACAGCCCAGUGGUUAGAACCACAACAGUCAGAGCUAUUCUCUACUUUGCUUCAAAGAAGUACACUACACAGUUCCAAGCAGCUUGUGCUGCAUCACUAGACAACUCUCCUUGCUGA